CAGAUCUGCGAGGCGGUAGGUCGUGUGAACUGCUCUCCUCUUUCGUACAACACACCAGGAACAACAACAACCCACCCCAAAGGAAAAAAAAGUUCUCUUUCUCUUCACUCACGUAUUUGGCUGUUUUCUUGUUGGGGUGUGCCGACCUUGAAGGGAAAGAAGGAAAACAUGAACACUGUCCGUGUUCCGAUGCUCAAAGGAAAAUCGUCGAAUCGUGUCAGCAGCAGCAACCGCCGUUCUCCGUUCCAGCAGCAGCACCAAGCCGCAAUCAAUUAAUUCUCAUCCGCGUAGCCUCUCUCAUCAUCCAGCCACUACAGCAGCAGCAGCCGCCGCCAACCAAAUUUAUUCGAGUAGGACGCCGACCCGGAUCCUCUCCUAAUUCCAUCUCCCCCCCAUAGCUCUCCCGCGCCUUGUUAACAGGAGAAUAAGACAAAAGAAAGAAAGAGAUUGAUUGUGCGCUGUUGAUUAGAUUCCCCCCCUUGAAAAAGUGUCGUCAGAGUCUCGCGUGCAACUCUAACGGUCGUCAUUGUCGUGCGGGCGGCUCCUAUCCGGUCCCUACACGAUAACCAUGUCCAGCAAAGGCUCGGCAUCACUUGUGAGGAACGACCACUUGACGGGACAACAACAACAACAACAAGAGGCCAGCAGCAGCGUGACGAUGCAGCAGCCCAACAAAGGCAAAGUGCGCCCGUCCAGCCGACAACAACUGGACGUGACGACGCUCAUCAAACGCAACAAGGAGCGACGAUGCAAAAACUACGUCACCUGGCCGCUCUUGCUGGCCGUCGCGGCGGCCUGCGUCGCCCUGGUGACUUGCCACUUGUGGUUCACGUGGCAUCUGCAGCGCAAGGUGGAGGCCUUGCAGUCGCGCGUCCAAUCGCUGGCCAGCACCCGAGACUUGGACGAGUUGCGUGCCCAGCUGCGCAAUCUCCACGACAAUCUUGUCGACGACGACGACGACGCUGGCGCCCAAUUCAAUAAAGACUCGAUGCUCGAGCAACACGUUUUCAACGGCGAAAACAAUCAGGAAACGGACCAACCUGGCGAAAUCGUCGACAUGAGCCUGGCCGCCGAUGGUGACAAGUCGGCCGCCCUCCUGUUGAGUGGCCUGGAUGAUCAAGACGACGAAGAAGAAGAAGAAGAGAAGAAAGACAUUCGCGUUUUCUCAUCCAUUCACACUCCGGCCGAGCGGAAUGAAAUGCUCGAAGUCGAUUGGCAGAGGCGGACGGCCAACAACAGCAGCAGCAGCAAACGAGUUUCGAAAAUGGACCGCCUGGACGGACAAGCCAAGACGAAUCGCAACAAGCGCCAAGCCGAUCUGAGUUCGCACACUCAGGACGGCGUCCCCAUUUUCGACCGCGGCUACGGCGCCACUCCGCCCAACCGCACAGAGGGAUUGCGCAUUUACCAAUCACUGCUGACCAACAGCGGGAGAAACGAGCCCGGGCAAAGCAGGUCGGCAGAGUCGGACGCAGCCGUCGUCCAGCAACAGCAGCAGCCGCACCACCGACAAAACAAUUUCUGGCGCAACCGGAAUAAAGAAAAGCCGCGCCAUCGUCACCAGAAAGCGACGACUCGAUCCCCCGCGAUGGUCGACGACGUCGAAUUGAGUUCCGUCGCAGCCGAGUUUGAGGCUAACGGCCAAGACUUGCGAUCGCCGUCCGAUACGACAUCUGCUCCUCCAGCAGCGGCCAAGAGCAGCGUGGCUCCCAGCAAUGUGGAAUUCCGGCACAGCAGGGUCAAAACGUCGUCGGAGAACACGGGGCCGUUAUCGGUCGAUCAAAAGAUUUGGUCCAGGAGCAACGGCAUUUUCUCCAUCGGCGCCGGACCCUACGCUGGCGGUUCGCUGCAGGAGGACCGCAUCAGCGCCGCAACGGCACCCGCCAUUCUGACCAAAACAGUCACCGCAUCCGUCGGGUCUUCUUCCAGCCAAGUCAGGCAACAACAACAACCCAACGUCUACAAGGUCAACCAGCCGGCCGUCAAUGCUCGUGGUGGCUCUUCACAGCAGUCGGACAAUGAGGACCAAAUUUCACGAGAUUCGCCAUCGUCUCCGUCCAGCAGCGGAAAAAAGAGAAUCAACAAGAAGCAGCUGCGUGAUCUCAGCCACACGGCCACCGCCGUUCACUUGGUGGCCGACACCCGCAACGCCACAUCGACCAGCUACGAAAAUCAAGUAGAAAUAGCCUCCAGGAAUGAACUUGGACUUCACACGUCAUGGAAAAUAGCUCCGAGCAACUGGGACUCCCCGCUCAAAACAACACCUCUAGUAAAAAUUGACGGCGCUAUACUUACUGUCAAACAGAGCGGACUGUACUUUAUCUACGCCCAGGUCCAUUAUCUAGACGAACAUUCCACAAACGCGUACGAAGUCUUCAUCAACACGGAGCCUUUCCUACGUUGCAUUACGUCAGCCUUUUCUGAAACGUCGUUCCCCAAAGCCAACACCUGCUACACGGCGGCCGCCACCCAAUUGAGAGAAGGCGACAAACUUUUCCUGAGAGACAUUGAACCACUUCGCUACUCGGUCCUGCAACCCAGCAAGACUUUCUUCGGGCUCAUUCGAAUGGCUCCUAUUGCUGAUUUUUCAUAAAAAAAGAGACAAGUAAGAAUAAGUAGAAAAACAAAAACACAAUUAUGAUAUUCCAGUGUUGUUUAAUUAUUGUCACCGCACUAUUACCGGGGGUUGAAUUUUUCAAAUUUUAAAACAAAUCAAUGGUAAUAAUCCACAUUUCAUUGUUAUUAUUAGCCUUCGCAUAGAAGAAGAAGUUGAAAAACAUUUUGUGGUGGGCCUUUAUACACGUCUUGGUCUUCCUGAUUAUAUAGAGAACAGAGUACUGCAGCUGCUUCAAUGCAUCUACCUUUUACAGUAAUCUUCACUAUUAUUUAAAUUUGAAGACUUUGGAAAUUUUUGGCAAUUCACACACAAUAUCUAAAAA